GUCGAUGACGUACCGUACGUAAUGAAUGACCUACGUUGUACAUGGGUACCUAUGCCAUAUAAGACAUUCUUCUUUCAACAAUAAUCUUGUGAUCCUUUUGAUACCACUUCGCGCUUACGAGCUGAAUUAGAAGUAAUAGCCCACCAUGUCAAUUGACCGUUUGGAGUCCUCUUGAUACCCAGUCUCAGCCUCGAAGAAUGGCUUCUUUGCUACGUCAGAUCGUCGCAGGGCCUCGCGCGAGGCAUCCCGAGGCAGGGCUGGAUCUUUGCUAUGUUACCGACAACAUCAUCGCGACCUCCGGCCCGUCUCAGACCUACCCGCAGCGCGCCUAUCGCAAUCCUCUCGAUCGUCUCGUCGCUUUCCUCGACUCAAAACACGGGAAGAACUGGGCCAUAUGGGAAUUCCGUGGCGAAGGCACCGGUUACCCUGAUGAACUUGUCUACAAUCGAAUCAGACAUUACCCGUGGCCGGAUCACCACCCCCCUCCGUUCAGGCUGGUACCCAUGAUCGUUGCCAGUAUGCGGAACUGGCUGAACGGAAAUGACCUCGGAGCUGAUGCUGAGGCGUCUGACGGGAAGAAGAAUAUUGUUGGGAAGGUCUUAGACACGUGGAAAGACAAGAAAGACGGUGGCCGGGUGGUGGUGGUGCAUUGCAAGGCUGGUAAGGGCCGUAGCGGAACUAUGGCUUGUAGCUAUCUCAUUGCCGAAUGUGGUUGGACGCCAGAGGAAGCCCUUGCGAGAUUCACCGAGAGGAGGAUGCGACCAAAAUUCGGCGCCGGCAUCACCAUCCCAAGCCAACUCCGGUGGAUAGGAUAUGUCGAUCGGUGGACUAAAGGUGGGAAGAAAUACGUCGAUCGGGAGUUGGAGAUUGUCGAGAUCCACGUCUGGGGGCUGCGGUCUGGCGUCAAGCUCUCGGUCGAGGGGUUCGUGGAUGGGGGCAGGAAGAUUAAAGUUAUUCACACAUUCACGAAGAAAGAGAGGCUUAUAGUAGAAGGCGACGCGCCGGGCGAUAGCGGAGUCAUAGAUAUGUUCUACGACAUGGUUGGCUAUGGACCUAACUCUACACAGGGGCAGGAAGUACUCGAUGAAGCGAAGCAAGCCGAACAAGUGCAGGACGCAGAGGCUACGGCAAUACCACCUAACGAGCCUGCUGCUUUGUCGUCUAAGCCGAAGAGAAAUACAAGCCCAAAACUUAUUACUAAAUCUCCGCAAAGCUCAUCUACCGAACCGUCCGAACCUACUGAUUCCACCUCCAAGGCUCCCCAAAACGGUGGUCAGCCAAAGUCUAGCAACACCUCAAAUUCGUCAUCAUCUCUCCUUAAAAAUGACGACGACUCCGAACCUGGAGGCAUGGCUGUCAUUUUUAAACCUCAUAAGCCUAUCAAGUUGCCUAACAGCGACGUAAACGUAUGUAUUGAGCGUCGCAACCGUGCACCUACUUCCAUGGGGUUCACUAUGGUCACCGCUGUGGCGCAUGUAUGGUUUAAUGCCUUUUUUGAAGGUAACGGACCUGAAAAGGGCGGUAAGCCUGACCUGAAUGGGGUCUUUGAGAUAGAAUGGGAUAAGAUGGAUGGGAUAAAGGGCUCAAGCCAGAAGGGCACACGAGCUGCCGACAAAAUUGCAGUUGUCUGGAAAUCCACCGUGCCGGAUGACGAGGCAAGGGAAUUAACUAUGCCCAGCGUUGACGCACCCGUACCUCAGAUGCCAGCUGCUGACUGGAAAGGAGAGAAUGACGAGGAUCCGGACAACCAGAGACAUCUCGGGUUGCGCGUCAGGAGUCCCGAUAGUGCAGAUGUCAGCCAGGCCAGCAGUAUCAAGGGGGAAGCUGUCGGUGAGACCAAAGACAAAGGGAAGGGGAUCCAAGAUGAUGUUGGAGCUCUAGAAUCUGAUACGAAAGGCGAGAGCAAUAACGACUCGCGAGAUGAGGCAGAAGAGAAGGGGGGUGAUUCAGAGAAACUCCAAGCCUAUGCGGAUAAACUGCCCAAUCCCGAAGGAAAAGAGAAAUAAUACACGAAGUUCCAGCAAGGCAUCAUUACGUAUAACAGUAGAGAUACGAUACAGUUAGAAGUUUUCCUAUACAUCAAGAGGUCGAUUAGGAAUGACUGAAUGCUUUUCCAUUGAGGGUAUGGGACUUCCGCAUACCACUUCGCGAUAAUACACCCGUUUUACCUCAACGGUCAAAUUUUCCUUCUCAAACUCAAUUCUCCCUCAUCCGCCAUGUUUUAUCAUCUAUGCUCUUACGACCGCUUAUUGAGAUAAGG